GUCGUAUCGACCAGAUGGAGCACUUUACCAGAAAUGUAACUUCAAACGGAGGAUCUGGUCCAGGGUUUGUUCUAUUCCACUGUUCUACAAAGUAGAAGCACCUCGGAUCUGUAGUUACGUACAGUGCACAAGUACGAAUGGUUGUGUACAUAAACUUUACUACUACUAUCAUAAACCGCAGUCUACGGCUUCGUGUUCAUUUGGUGUGACCCCACUGUUACAACACAGCGGCUAGUGAACAUCCGGGUAUUCUGUCGAGAUGGUCAUGGCGGAGGGUACAGCAGUUCUCAGGAGGAAUCGGCCUGGAACCAAGGCAAAGGAUUUCUACAACUGGCCGGAUGAGUCAUUUGAGGAGAUGGACAGCACCCUCGCUGUCCAACAGUACAUUCAGCAGAACAUUCGAUCAGAUUGCUCCAAUAUCGACAAAAUCCUGGAACCUCCUGAGGGUCAGGAUGAAGGGGUGUGGAAGUAUGAGCACCUCAGGCAGUUCUGUCUGGAGCUUAAUGGACUAGCAGUGAAACUGCAGACCGAGUGCCAUCCAGACACCUGCACCCAGAUGACGGCCACAGAGCAGUGGAUCUUUUUAUGUGCUGCCCACAAGACACCAAAAGAGUGUCCUGCCAUUGAUUACACCAGGCACACGCUGGACGGAGCUGCCUGUCUUCUCAAUAGCAACAAAUAUUUCCCCAGCAGGGUGAGCAUCAAGGAGUCAUCGGUGGCCAAACUGGGCUCCGUCUGUCGUCGCAUCUAUAGGAUAUUCUCUCAUGCCUACUUCCAUCACCGCCAGAUAUUUGACAAGUAUGAGAAUGAAACAUUCCUGUGUCACCGGUUCACACGCUUUGUCAUGAAGUACAACCUGAUGUCCAAGGACAACCUGAUUGUGCCCAUCCUGGAGGAGGAGGUGCAGAACACCCCAUCGGCUGGGGAGAGCGAGGCCUGAGAUACAGCUGCUGCUGUCACAAGGGAGACAUGUAAACAAUCACAUGUUGACAUUACAGAGAAGACCCGUUCACACACCUGCAUACACAGGACACACACACACACACACAUAAAAAUAUGUACACUACAGUGUAUUAAGGCUCCUGUCCAUGUCCUUGGUCACCUGCAGUAAAGGUAAAGAAGCUGGCAGUGGAGUUCAGCCCUGCCUAGAGGAUCAGAUUCUCUCUGUUUACUGUCUGGGCUCAGAUUCACUCUUACAGACCUUUUUCUUUCAUCUUCCUUUAGCAGCUGGAUUUGCAGAAACUUGUGUAAUCGUGGUGAACUGUGUUGUUGACAAAGGCACACACUGACAGCCUCCCUUUUUGUAUAUAUUACCCCCACCCCCUCUUUUCAUUCACUGUCAUGUAUUCUGAUGGUGCUUUUCUUUGCAUCUGCUUCUGUUCUCUCUUCGCUUGUGUUACCUGUUGUGGGGGUGUCCCAUCGAGUGGAUCACUAAAUUAGCCUGCUGACUUAAUAAUGCGAUUAAAACAAUGUAGCUGUGUGGCUUGUGUGGUAGUGAGCAAAGAAACAUAAUCUUUAACUUUGUACAUGUACUAGCAGUCAGGUGUUCUCUCUUUGGCUAACUGAAGUGACGUUUCAGAGUCGGCUAACUCUGAUCCUGCUUUGUGGCACGCCCCCGUUUUCAUACUGUGGAAAAUGUGUCCGAUAUUCGUCUUUCUUGGCAGAGUAGUAGUUGAAACUAUGGUCAGAGGCUGAGCUGCUGUAAGCCAGUUUUUACCACUUUAAGCUUUGUUCUGAUUAAGUACCGUGAGGAAGGAGCGAAUAAUGGCUACAUUUAAAUAUCGGAGGACAACCUCCCUCUUUCGCCCUUGUUAAGUUAUUUUGUGGGAGGAGUCUUGUCAAUCCAACCCACUCUUUUUUUUUUUUUUUUUAAUUGACUUAAAAUUUUGUUACUGUUGACAUUUUCAUGAUGUCUGUUAAUAAAAAAAGACUUGUUAUUCA